AUAGCUGUGACUGAAUGACUCUGACUUGAUUUACUUUUUUUUUUUUUUUUUUAAACAAGGAAACCGUGGUGCUCACUGAGGUGCGGUUUUUGGAGAGUAAACAAGUAGGCAGGGCAUCGAGCAUUCCAACAUUUUCAAACAUGAAUGUUUCCCCUCUGGUCUCAGACGGCAGAGAAACAUGCUCAGAGACCAGACAGAGGGAUGCUUUGUCCCCUUCUUCCCACCUCAAACUUACACACCAUUCCUCACUCGAGUCCCUCAAAUGCUUCAUCCUACUUUUCUUUACCUCACUCGUCGUUCUUUCGACCUUCGUCUUCAAUCCCCUCACAAAAAUAACUUGAACCAAAGAGAUGGUGUCUCUUCAAUGCCGUGUGAUCCUGGUCAUCCUCGCUCAACAGUGUCUCAGCAGGGAUCUGGUCAAUGGGCAGCAUCCGGUUCAACGUCGUGGAAAUGCGCACAAUCUAGCGAAGAGGAAGCAGUUCUGUCACUGGCCGUGUAGGUGUGGGCAAAUACCGCAAUGUCCACCGGGAGUGAGUUCAGUGCUGGAUGGUUGUGGCUGCUGCAAGAGUUGCGCGAAGCAAAUUGGAGAUCCAUGCAACGAGCGGGACAUCUGUGAUAUGCACAAGGGAAUGUACUGUGACUUCUCAGCCGACCAACCCAGAUUUCAAAUUGGAGUAUGUGCUUACUUGAUGGGAGUUGGAUGUGAUCUUAAUGGAGCCCAUUAUGAGAACGGAGAAGCCUUCCAGCCAAACCCCCUUUACAAGUGCACAUGUAUUACAGGAGCCAUUGGCUGUACUCCUGUAUUCUUACAGAAGCCUGCAGGUCUUUUGGGCCCCACCCCGCUGAUAGGAAACCUGCACGCAAGCCUUCAUAGUGGCAAGAUUUCGAAGAAAAAUGUACAGGAUACAGUCUACAUGUCAGCUCACAAGGAUCCUCCUUUGGCCUGGAAGAAGAACUGUCUCAUCCAAACUACGUUCUGGAGCCCCUGUUCCAAGUCCUGUGGCCUGGGCAUCUCUGUGCGUGUCAACAAUAACAACCACAAAUGUGAGAUGAGGAAGGACAUGCGUCUGUGUCUACUUCGCCCAUGUAAAAAGAGUGUUAUCAACAGCAUUCAGGUGCCAAAAGGGAAAACAUGCCAACCACAAUUCCAGCCAAAACGAGGGGAAAAGUUUGUGCUUUCGGGCUGCACAAGUAUCAAGAGGUUCAAACCGACGUACUGUGGUAUUUGUGCUGACAAGCGCUGCUGUUCCCCCAAUAAGUCAAAGAUGAUCAUGGUUAACUUCAACUGCCCAGGAGGCUCGAAGAUAGAAUGGAAGAUGCAGUGGAUAACAUCUUGUAGCUGUCAGAGGAAAUGCACUGAUUCAGCUGACAUGUUUUCAGAUCUGCGUUUAAUGUAACCAAGCCGGUCGUGAUGGGCAUAAUGGUUAUUUUCAGUAUACUGAAUGAGUUCAUUUAAAAGAUUCGAAGAAAGUUGUUCAACAAAUUGUUUAUUUGUGAAAGACAACGGCAGUAUAUUCACUCACUGACUCAUUCAUGAAUGACAACAGCAUGGUAGUACCUUCGCUUCAGUCCCCUCGCCACCUGCAGUGCAUGCUGGUCAUUCAGUGGUCAUGCACCGAAGAUUCACGAGUAGGUAAAAGUCUGCAGUUCCUAUUCUGUGGUCAGCCGACACGCUGAGCUCAAAUGAAUUAAGAAAAGAUGCUUAUACGCAAAAUGUGUCUGUGUGUGUGUGUGUGUGUGUGUGCGUGUGUGUGUGUGUGUGUGUGUCCAGAAAUUAUACACACUCGAAGGGUAUGAAUAAUUUAGUGUUUGACUAGGCCUAUCCCUAUUACAAAUAAACUAGAUGCAAUCCAAUUAGUGAUGCUUCAAUUGAUCGGUGGACGCGACCAAAGCUUUUAAUUGCCGAUCGAUCACACUAUGUAUCUAAUUAUUCUGUUAUGGGGUUCACCAACUACCCCAAUAUAUUUCAUUGAUAUUGCUAUUUCAUGCAACUAACAAAAUAAAUGA